AUGGAGCUCUCACAACAGGAGUAUCCUAUGCUCGCGGUAAGCGGUGAUCUAGCUGGUCCUGCAGCGACUGCAGUUUGGACUCUGCCCGAACCCAACCCUGCUCGCGAACCUUACGGCGUGCACUUCGUACUGACCCUUCCUCAUUGCUUGCAGACACUUCUACCGCCGGCCCAGGCUGUUGCCGUGAUAAACGACCGGCUGAAGUCGAUUAAUAAAGUCAACCAAGAAAUUGCGGAUUGGCUUCAAGAACGGCGUCGCAUUGAGGAAGCUUACUUUGUCGGUCUUCGGAGGCUUGCGAGGCGACCACAGCCAGAAGGAGGUUCUAAGCUGGGAAUUUUCGAAGCACCAUGGCAGCGCAUUCUGUCCGAAACAGAGUCCAUAGCUCUGUCUCACGAGACCCUUGCCCAUCAUAUUGAAUCGGAUGUUGAAAGGCCUCUACGGGAGUAUUCUACCAAAAAUAAAGAUAUAAAACCCAUAUCUGGCGCCCAGCAGGAUCUUCUGGCAAUUUCUAGAUCGAUUGAGGCCGCCGAGAAGAAAGUCAUUAAAUUCAAAGAUAAGGGCUCAAAGGCGCUUGACAAGCUAGGCAACGCUUCAACCGCUUCUAGUGUUGCAAAGGCGCAAUGGGAGUCCAAGGCCCCGUUUGUUUUUGAGCAAUUACAGGCCGUUGAUGAGCAUCGCCUCAAUCAUCUGAGGGAUGUCCUUACACAGUUUCAGACGCACGAAGCUGACCAUGUCGAGCGAAGUCGACAAUCGGCAGAAAAUUGUCUCAAUGCGCUGUUGGCUAUUUCUCCUUCAGAAGAAAUAAAGAUGUUUGCGUUUCGGGUGAGCGGUGGCCGCACUGCCGACCUAGAAAGCCAGAACCCCCUAACAGCAGCCGUAUCUGAAGCCGAAGUGAUACCUAUGGAGCCUCUACAGGCCCCUCCAAGGAUACGAGAUGAUGCUGGUAGUCGCCGCUCCAGCCAUUCCAACCAAGCGCGACCAAGUUUUGCCUCUGAACAACCACCAAACCCUCAGCAGCGUCAUACACCGCUGGGAGGUCUAAAGCGACUUGGCACAGUGAUGAGUCGGAGGCGAAGUAUUGUUCAAACGAAUUCUGGCAAUGCGUCCCCGGAGAGAAAAUUUCGGUCUCCAUUUACCCCAUUUCGGCGGGCAGAAUCCUCCCAUAGCUUCCACCAAGUGGAUAAUCAGCCUGGUACCCCGAAUGGCCUAGAGCCCUUCCCCUCCCGUGAUGGUUCGUCGCUGCAUCGGCCAGACUCGUCUGCCACGACAAACGGUUCCCAAGUUGGACCCAAUAUUGACUCGAGACUCAAUGGAGCCACAAUACCGGAAGAAAAUAUUGGCGAAGAAACGUCCACAACGGUCAUUGCAUCUCAUGAAGGACGCCCAUUAUCCCCCAAGGCACCUAUAGAUGCAGAUGGGUUCUCAACAAAACCGGACACUAUCGACGAAAUAUCUAGAGCGCAGCAGGAGGCUGCUUCCGAGGAUCCAGGGCUCAACCUGACAAUUCGCGAUCAACCGAUCCAAGAAGAUGAAGGCGAAGCGAAGCAGGCAAUGAACGACAUGGCCAGUACCUUGCGCUUGCAAGCAAAACAGUCGGGUUUGGGAAGAGGCCCAGGCACUCUACGAGGCCGUCGAGAUGUGCGAAAUACCAUUUUCGUCCCAACUUCUAUUAUUCCGGAGGGCGAAUCGAAUGUCGGAACACCCUCAAAGGGUAUUACAGAUGGUGCCCUUUCGCCAACAACAUCGCCAUCGCAAGAUCCCCAAAGCGCAGCGCCAUCUGGCCCCUCCCACGACGAUCCCACCAUUUCUGAUGUGACGUCGAUUCAUUCAUCCCACACUUUACACAGCUUGUCGGGCAUCAUUCAACACCCGGAGUUAACAGCACCGGGACUCAAUGCUUCUAUCGUGGAUAAAGUGAAUAUUACUCUUGCUGGAGGAGCAGUCACAAAAUCUUUUGUUGUGGGAGAACUCGCUUUGGCAUACAACCCCAUCGAAGGGACAUCUCCAGACAAACAAAUUGUUCGACUCGACAACUUCCAUAUCUUGGAACGUGUUGCGGCGAACCCUGAUUUCGUUAAGAACCUGGCUAAUGAUCCAUCAAAUGGAACACCACCUUUGGGCAUCACCGAUGAUAGGAAAGGCGAGUACGACGUAGCGCUCUCAUAUUUGAGAGAGCAAACGGCCACAGUGGCUUUUAAGUAUCAGAUUCAUAUUGACCCUUCAAGUUUGUCAGCAUACUGCCCUGUGAUCUUCGAACCGGUGUGGAACGAGGAAGAAUUUCAGGCCAGUGUCAUAAUCAAUUACUCCCUAAACCCGCAAUUCGUCACAUCAAGCCCACUCACGUCUGUUACUCUUCAAAACCUCAUUCUGACAGUCAAUUUGGGCAUGUCUUCUAUUGACGAAGAAACGAAGCAACCCCGUGAAGCUGCCCGUGCCACAGGUGCCCUCAUGCACCCGAGCACUGGUGCUUCAUUCAGACGGAAAACCUCCUCAGUUAUCUGGAAACUCCCCGUACUGGAAGUCGCGGCCAAUGGAGAAAAUAGGCUUCUUGCGCGAUUUUCCACUGCAACUAGCUGGCCACGCAAGGGCAAGGUUGAAGCGAAGUUUGAUGCGAUAAUACCAGACGACACUCUGCGACUUGGCAUAAGCUCACAUUUACCAGCUACGCAAAACGAAAGCAAGGAAGUCGAUCCUUUUGCUGAUGGAAUGAAAAGCCCAAACUCUCAGAUCACCAGCCCUGUUACAGCAACUGAAGUGUGGGCAGAACUGCCCACGAAACGAAAGUUGUCUGUUUCUAGAUAUCUUUCAGCUUGA